UACGUGGUGACGUCAGCGCGAGCUCUGCUCCUGUGCUCAACACAUCGAGCUGUCAUCAUUUUACCGGGAGAAGCGAAGGGCAUCCGGGAUACCGGCCGAGAGGGAGCCCAGCACUGUGCUUGGAGUGGACUGACGUGGACGUCUGACUGCUUCCUGUUGUGGCACUGACCUGCUUUUUUCUUCUGCGUCGUUGUGAGGUCGAGGACGUCCGGACUGUCGGACCGAAAGUCACCGCCGUGUGUGAUACUUUAAGGACUGCUCAUGCAUCGUUUAAGGACUUGUGCGGCGCGGUUGCGUCCGCUCACCGCCUCGCAGGCGGCUCAGACUGUCGGCCAACAGCGGCCAAUCACAGUCACCUCCACGGGUGGCAAAAGGACGUUUCAGCCAAUCAGGUGUUACACAGCACCGGUGGCCUCGGAGCCGUUCCUGAAUGGGACGAGCUCCAACUAUGUGGAGGAGAUGUACUACGCCUGGUUGGAAAAUCCCAAGAGUGUUCAUAAGUCGUGGGAUGUGUUUUUCCGGAACGCCAACGCUGGCGCUCCUCCCGGCGCCGCCUACCAGUCUCCUCUGGGGCUGUCUGCAGCGUCCAGCCUCGUCGCCCCCCAGCUCUCCUCUCUGGUCGGAGCUCAGCCCAACGUGGAGAAGCUGGUGGAGGAUCACCUGGCUGUGCAGUCGCUCAUCAGGGCCUACCAGAUCCGAGGGCACCACGUGGCCCAGUUGGACCCCCUCGGCAUCAUGGACGCCGAUCUGGAUUCGUGUGUCCCCACUGACAUUAUCACGUCCUCCGACAAGCUGGGUGAUUACGUCCCCGCCGAGGACCGAAAGCUUUCUCAGGGCCUCUGUAGAAAACGUCCUGAUUCGGUGUGGCUCCAGGAGGCCUGGCGGGGGCGCUGGUGGUGGUCUGUAGGGGGGGUUUGGUGGUGGUCUGUGGGGGCGCCGGUGGUGGUCUGUGGGGGCGCCGGUGGUGGUCUGCAGAUGCUGUCAGCCGAGCGUCCAUGGGGACAUCCUGCUUUGCUAUCUUAUCGCUGUGCUGACGUGGAGUUUCGUAUCGGAGACCAGCGCCGACACGCAGGUCAUCAGAAACGCUCCUGGUGUUUCUGUUUCGGAGCACAGAAGCUCGGAGAUCCUCACAAACCCCACGGAGUCCGACACACAGACACACACAGACGCACACACACAGACACACACACAGGAAGUGGAAAUGAGCAGUUGAAAUGUUUUACAGGCAAAUUAUUCAGGACAAUGACUGUGUGUGUGCGUGUGUGUGUGCGUGUGUGUGUGUGUGUGCGUGUGUCGGUGCAGAUGGCGUACUGUCAGCACAUCGGGGUGGAGUUCAUGUUCAUCAACGACCUGGAUCAGUGUCAGUGGAUCAGGCAGAAGUUUGAGACUCCGGGCGUGAUGCAGUUCACUCUGGAGGAGAAGCGGACGCUGCUGGCCCGCAUGGUCCGCUCCACCAGGUUUGAGGAGUUCCUGCAGAAGAAGUGGUCUGCAGAGAAGCGCUUUGGCCUGGAGGGCUGCGAGUCUCUGAUCCCCGCCCUGAAGACCAUCAUCGACAAGUCGUCUGAGAACGGCGUGGAGAACGUCAUCAUGGGAAUGCCCCACAGGGGUCGUCUCAACGUCCUGGCCAACGUGAUCCGGAAAGAGCUGGAGCAGAUCUUCUGUCAGUUCGACUCCAAACUGGAAGCAGCUGAUGAGGGCUCCGGCGACGUGAAGUACCACCUGGGGAUGUACCAUCGCCGCAUCAACCGCGUGACGGACAGGAACAUCACGCUGUCUCUGGUAGCGAACCCGUCUCACCUGGAGGCCGUGGACCCCGUGGUUCAGGGAAAGACCAAAGCUGACCAGUUCUACUGCGGGGACACAGACGGGAAAAGAGUGAUGUCCAUCCUGCUGCACGGAGACGCCGCGUUCGCCGGUCAGGGCAUCGUCUAUGAGACCUUCCACCUGUCCGACCUGCCGUCCUACACCACGCACGGCACCGUGCACGUCGUGGUCAACAACCAGAUCGGCUUCACCACCGACCCUCGCAUGGCCCGCUCCUCGCCGUACCCCACAGACGUGGCUCGUGUCGUCAACGCUCCCAUCUUCCACGUGAACGCCGACGACCCCGAAGCCGUCAUCUACGUCUGCAAGGUGGCGGCUGAGUGGAGAGCCACCUUCCACAAAGAUGUCGUGGUCGACCUGGUGUGUUACCGUCGGAUGGGUCAUAACGAGAUGGACGAGCCGAUGUUCACUCAGCCGCUGAUGUACAAACAGAUCAAGAAGCAGAAGCCGGUCCUGCAGAAAUACGCCGAGAAGCUGAUCGCAGAGGGAGCCGUGAGCCGGCAGGAGUAUGAGGAGGAGAUCGCCAAGUACGAUAAGAUCUGUGAGGAGGCGUACGCUCGCUCCAAGGACGAGAAGAUCCUGCACAUCAAGCACUGGCUGGACUCCCCGUGGCCCGGUUUUUUCACCCUGGACGGUCAACCAAAGUCGAUGAGCUGCCCCUCCACCGGCCUGACCGAAGACAACCUGAACCACAUCGGACAGGCGGCCUCGUCCGUCCCCGUGGAGGACUUCACCAUCCACGGAGGUCUGAGCCGAAUCCUGAAGGGCCGCGCCGAGAUGGUGAAGAACCGGAUGGUGGACUGGGCCCUGGGCGAGUACAUGGCCUUCGGAUCGCUGCUGAAAGAGGGGAUCCACAUCAGGCUGUCGGGGCAGGACGUGGAGCGCGGGACCUUCAGCCACCGUCACCACGUCCUCCACGACCAGAACGUGGACAAGAGGACCUGCAUCCCCAUGAACCACCUGUCCCCGGACCAGGCGCCGUACACCGUCUGCAACAGCUCGCUGUCCGAGUACGGCGUGCUCGGCUUCGAGCUGGGAUUCGCCAUGGCGAGCCCGAACGCUCUGAUCCUGUGGGAGGCUCAGUUUGGAGACUUCCAGAACACGGCGCAGUGCAUCAUCGACCAGUUCAUCUGCGCCGGGCAGGCCAAGUGGGUGAGGCAGAACGGCAUCGUGCUGCUGCUGCCGCACGGCAUGGAGGGCAUGGGUCCCGAACACUCGUCAGCUCGUCCCGAGAGAUUCCUCCAGAUGUGCAACGAUGACCCCGACGUCCUGCCGAACAUCACCGAGGACCUCGCCGUGCGUCAGCUCUACGACUGUAACUGGAUCGUGGUGAACUGCUCAACGCCUGCAAACUACUUCCACGUUCUCCGACGGCAGAUCCUGUUGCCCUUCAGGAAGCCCCUGAUCAUCUUCACUCCCAAGUCUCUGCUGCGUCACCCCGAGGCCCGAUCGAGCUUCGACGAGAUGCUGCCCGGAACUCACUUCCAGCGACUGAUCCCGGAGGUGGGCGUGGCGGCCGAGCGUCCAGAGGCCGUGAAGCGGCUGAUCUUCUGCACAGGAAAGGUUUACUACGAGCUGACCAAAGAGCGGAAGAGCAGAGGCCUGGAGGACACGGUGGCCAUCAGCCGCAUUGAGCAGCUCUCCCCGUUCCCCUUCGACCAGGUGAAGGCGGAGACGGAGCGCUUCCCCAACGCCGACCUGGUCUGGUGUCAGGAGGAGCACAAGAACCAGGGUUACUAUGACUACGUGAAGCCUCGCAUCAGGACCACCACGCAGAAAGCCAAGCCCGUUUGGUAUGCUGGCAGAGACCCGGCAGCCGCUCCCGCCACAGGAAACAAAAACACUCACCUGAUCGAGCUGCGGCGCUUUCUGGACACGGCCUUCCACCUGGACGCGUUCAGAGACCAGCAGUGAUCACGUGACCUGCAGCACCUGGAAUCAGCCCUCACCCGUCUCGCCUCCAUUCACACUCACAACACACAGUCAGCCCUCUGUACGGCUGAGCACACCGCACAGCAGGAAGUCCAUUCAGAAAAUCACCGACCAGAACAUCACAGCGGGAGGCGGAGCCUCAGAUUCAAAUUUAAACUUUAUUCUCCUGGUUUGUGACGGACAGAAACAUUCCCAUAAUCAUCAAAGACGAAACGAGCUGCCGUUUUUCUCUCUGAGCUGUCUUUGUCCAUCAGACCUCACAUUAACGUCACCAUGACGCCGAGGGAAGCUAAAAUCAGACAGAUUCUCAAUGGACUUCUGAACUGACGUCCAACUAUUAGCACUUUAACGCAUUCACACAUAUACACAGUCAUCAUCUGAUCAGGUCUGAAACAUUUGAGACUAAACCAAUCAAAGUCUAAAAAUAGCAACAUUUUGGCAUAACAGCAGGUUUACGCCAAAUAAUCUGAGUGUUUAUUCUGAAUCAUAAAUAUUGUUAUGAUUUAAAAACUUUAUCAAUUUCUUGGACAAACACAGGCAACAAAAAGCAGCAACGUUGGUCUUAAAUUAGAUAUAGUUUGAAUGAAGUCUGGUGCUGUUCACGUCUUCAGAUAGUAGCUGUUAGCAUUGUUAGCACUUCCUAUUUAAAAGCAAUGGGAGUCCAGCUAGCUGCAGAGAGCAGGUUUUUUUCACCUUUCAACAGGUGAGUUCGCUCAUUACGGAAAGGCUGAUGCGUUCAAUGAAAGUGAAAGUCACAGCAAACAGAUCUGCUCUCAAACAGCCGGUUCAGAAGUCCAUUAAGAAUGUGUUUUCAGCUUUUCCUCAGAGUCAGUGAUGCAUCCUGCUCGGCUGCUUCGGCAGCACCAAAUCAAGCUUAAAAAAAAACCCCGCAGAGGAAAACUGGAGCUUGUUAUUAACAUGUUGGUAUUAAAUUAGCCCACCUCGCUUUGCUGGCAGUGUCAGGGCUGAGGUCGCCUUCAGGCUCAGCUUCACCCAGCCACCGAGGCCGCUCAGCUUCAGCGUACUCUUCUCACCUGGGAUAAAGUUUCAGACUUUUUUAAACCUUUUUAAACGUAUUUAAAGCAGGAGGGUCUGAAACAGGAAGACGAAGGAAGCAUCAUAACACUGAGAGUUCAGAGCGUUUCAGAGGUUUAACUCUGACGUAUUUGUUUGUGAACGUCUAAAAGAGUAAAAUCUGCUCUUAAACUAAAGUUUGAAGUGUGGAAGGCGUCAGAUUCAUACGCAGAGUUUGAGUUACAGAGUUGGACCUGAGAGAAAAAUAAACUGAACUACAGCAUGAAUAAUAAUAAUAUGCAGUCUUAAAUUAGAUGAAUUCUCAUUAGAGUCUGGUGCUGUUGUUCUGUUUUAGUGUGUGAACAGUUUGGCCGAUGAACACUGGUAGUUUACAGCUGUGUGAUUUAUUUAUUCUAAUAAAGUCCAACAGCAGGGAACACUGGGAAUUCAAACAACACAAGAAAGCACAUCUAAAAUUGGCAGAAUUUUGAAUGAAGUCUGGUGCAGUCUGACGAGCGGCUCAGAUUGCUUCUCAGUACCAUUUGUCUUAAAUUGGGUAAAUUCUGAAUGAAGUCUGGUGGGGUUGUUCAGGGUAUUUUGUUGCAGAGAUGUUUGGUAUGACCAGGCAAUGUCACGGCUCAAUAGCUGUCCUUCGUCAAACAGUUGCUGCAGAAGUUUCUAUUUCUGCAACUUUACAGGCAACAGCAACCUGCGUAUGGCAACAUGAAGGAAUGAUGCAGAUUUGCUUUAGAAAAGGUUCAUGUGGAGUUGAGCCUGAAUGACCUUUGACCCCACUGUCCACACAGUCACUCUUCAGCUGUGAUGACAGAACUCUCCAUCCUCGUCCUCAUCAUCAUCAGGAUCCAGUCUUCUACUUCUUCGCACAGAAAUCCUGAUGAGUUACAGAAAUGUUUUUUGUUCAUCUUUUCUUUUGCUUUUUAAAAUGCUCGUUAGCAUCAUUUGCGCCCCUGCUGGGGGGCGGGCUAGCUGGGAGAAUCACUACAGACAGCAGGUGGUGGUUUUUACCUGUCGUCGGCAGGUGUGUCCGUGUGUAUUUAGAGGCAGCGCUUAACACUGAGAUUUUAUUGUCUUUUACUUUGAAGGGAUCUUUGGGGAAUGAGUCUGCGACACGAACUCAACCAAAAGCACUGCUGAUGAUUAAUUUAACCCCUCGCUUCUGGCCCUGCCCCCUCCUUUCCGGCGAGCGUUCAUCCCGUGCCAAAAUGGAUCGCAAGCGUCUCGUGUUUUUAGUGUGUUUGGCAUCCGGCGAGCGGCAAAACAGUCGGCCGCUGGUGGCGUUCUGCGAGACAAAGAAAAUGAUUUAUUUAUUUUCAUAAAGGGGAAGUUCUCUCAUUAUUUUGCUUCAUUCAAUAAAGAAAUCUGUAUGUACUGAGGA